AUGUGCACGGAGUUUAAAUUUACCUUGCUCUUGACGCUCGACAACAGGGAUGACUGCCGAACUCAAGCUCUUCAAUCCACAUUCAAUCUCAACUACUUGUCACCCCGGCCCUUGGUCAAGAAUUUGACCUUCCAGUCCCACGACCUCGGCAAGGAGGUCAUGAUCAUGCUCGCUUGGAGUCCCAAUGUGGAUGGCCUCUAUGAGGACGUUUUCCCGAUAGUGUGGAAAGUCAGCAAAUUCGGGAAGUCGGGUGGGUGUUCCUGUUCUCAUACAGGGCUACCGCGACCUACACAGCCCAGCUUGCCGCUUGCUUGCUCCAGAGCCCAGGUUGACAGUGGGAAGGUCAUCAGCGCUGCGACCUCCGUCAAUAUCAAUAACAUCGUGAAAACAACCUCGACAAAAGCCAAUGACGUCUAUCAUUUCUCUACAAUGUCUCUCCCCGAGAUCACUACCGUGCUUAUUGUUGGUGCAGGCCCCGCAGGUCUCACAGCUGCUCUUUCUCUCGUCCACUACGGGUGCCAUGACUUCGUUAUCGUGGAUGCCGUAGGCGAAGGACUGAAUGCAUCGAGGGCGAUCGCCAUACACUGUGCAACCGUCGAGGCUUUAGCCAGUAUUAAUGCAGCAGAUGGGUUACUGUCUCGAGCCAUCAAGGGAAAGGGCAUCAGAAUCACAUCUCGUACUUCGCAGAUCUUUGACGGCACAUUUGACCCUCUAAAGAAACAUUCCGUCCACCCUUACGCGCUCUGUAUCCCUCAAAAUGUCACCGAGUUUGUACUUGGGCAGAAGUUGCAGAGCCUUGGUGUUCAGGUGCAGCGUCCGCACAGGGCAGUAGGAAUGAAACAGAAUGAAAAGGACUCUCGCAUCACUGAUGUCUCCUUUGAGGACGGUCAAGUUAUCAGGGCUAGAUAUAUUAUCGGGGCAGAUGGCGCCCGCUCAAUCGUGAGACCUCAAUGCUCACCUACUCAGCUUAGUAGAAUGUCUGACGACCAUUUCCAGAUCCGUACCGUCGCUGGUAUAGGGUUCUCUGACCCAGAAGGCCCACACCUAACCAGUAACCUAUUGGCUCAGAUGGUCUCUGCAGAUGUCACAUUCGAGCCUGAACCCGUCGGUCCAUUCACCCUGGAGACCCACCUCAACGCCACAGUUUUUUCAGGCAAUAUCUUUUUUCUUGCACCGUUUGGCAACCACUUCAACACUGAACUGACACGAGAUGGAAAGCCCACUACGAAAUCCAUCUUUCGUAUAGGUUGUGCUAUACCUGCAAAGAACGGAGAGCCCCCCCAUGCUCCACCGAAAGAGUACAUCCAGAACUUAAUCGACUCAUACGGGCCAGCGUGUAUAUCAUCGGAUCCGUCUCUUAACCCGAAACCUGUCAAAGUCGACCAGCUGGUCUGGUCGACACGUUUCAGAACCCAUUCUGCCAUCGCAGACCGUACCUUCACGCGUCUCGGAGCCGCCAUUUUUCUAGUCGGCGACGCAGCCCAUAUACAUUCACCUGCGGGCGGGCAGGGCAUGAACCUGGCCAUCAGGGACGCGAUCUUCCUCGCAGAGGCUGUCACGAAGCACAUUCAAGCAUCUGCAGAGGAUCCCGAUGUGGAUGAUACCAUUUUGCAGGAAUUUGCGGAGGCGCGUCAUGCACGAGCGCUAGAAAUCAUCGGGUUUACCAAGACACUUAUGAAACUCGCAAGUCUUACGUAUGAUCCAUAUGCUUGGUGGAUGCCAUUCAGUUGGGCGUCCAUCCGCGAUUUGAUGCUAAGGAUAUUGGGCAGAUAUGAUUUCGUGCAGUCGAAGGUUGCAUGGGGCCUGAGUGGGCUUGGGAGACGGUAA